AUGCUUGUUCGGCUAGUUAAUGCUGUGUUGCAGCGUUUUCUUGGUCAGUACGUGGAAAACCUCGACACCGAGCGCCUUUCUUACAGCCUCGGUUACUCUGGCAACGUAGCUCUGACUGAUCUUCAUCUCAAAGCCGAUGCUUUCAGUCGCAUUUUGGGUCUUCCACUCCGUUUGAAGUCUGGCCUCAUCGCGCGUGUCCAACUGAGCAUCCCUUUAACCCAGUUGAGAUCACAACCCUGGUGCAUCACUAUCGAGGAUGCUGAACUCGUUAUUUACCCGAGUAACAACGAUGACAUUGACACUAAUUCUGCUCCCUCCGACGCCACCAUCACUUCCACCGGUGCCAAUACGGACGUUAGUAUUAUUGAAGAAUCCCGAAAAGCUUACCUGGACCGCCUGGAAUCCCGUUGGUGGCAGGUGGUACGAGAGGGCGGCCUCGUGGAUGCUGUCGCCACCACCUCCCCCACCGACUCCUCCUGGUGGUCUUACGGUGUUUCCCUCAUUUAUGGCAUCGUCAGCAACCUCCAUGUCGAAAUCCGCAACGUUCACUUUUCCUUCAUUGACGAGAAUGGCCUGAUAGGGGAACACUUUACUUGGGGUAUUCGUCUUGAGCGGAUGACCGUUCAGGCCACCGAUGAGAGCUGGAAUCCUACAGGGCGUUCUUCAAAUCAGCAAAUCGAGUUCAAAUCCAUCGACAUUGUUGGGUUCUCCGUUUACUACGUGGAAGAAGGAAAGAUAAAACAACACUACCUCAUUCCACCCAGCCAAUUUUCGGUGCAUCUGUUGCGUCGGACGACACCUGAACUUUUGACUAGCGAGUCCACACCUCGUAUCGAGAUGGAAGCUAAGUUGACCUCCUUGGACGUGGAUGUCUCACAAGGCGUACUCGCCUACUCACAUCGGUUGAUGGAUUUCUUUAAACGACAGUCGACACCUCCGCAUCGUCCGCUUGCGCGGCCUCUAAAACAACCUGCCGCGUGGUGGAGAUACGCUGUUGGCGAGGUAGUGCCCACUUUGCGACACCACCAUCGGGGAUGUCGAUCGGCGGAUUUGAUGCUUCAGCAGUUGGCGGAAGCUGCAGCUCUCACAAAUCGAUACGUGCGUGCGUAUGAGACGCACCUGCUGCGGGGACUUGGUCUUGACGGUGAUGAUGAUUUUGAAGAAAUUGCGAACCAUGAAGCCCUUGAGGAGACUAUGUCUCUUGAUCGCGUAAUCCUUCUGCGACAGGUUGCCAUGCGACGCGCAGCAAGGGUACUAAGGCAACAGAAACCCCUGGUGAAGAGGUCGAAAAAUCCUCCUGUGGCAAAUAACCAGCGCUUCCAGUCCUGGUGGCCAAGCUUCCUCACCUCGACUACUGCCUCAGGUACCACCGCCACCGAUGAGAGGGCGACGGCGGAGGCCCAGACAGCGGUGGCUGGGGAGGGAGAAGACGAGGCACCGCGCCCAUGGCGUCUCUGGUGGUGGUUCUCUACCGCCCCUCCUCACCCUUCUCAACAGAUUGCUUCGAAUGCGAAGGCGAAGGUGACCACCACUGCCGCCUCGGCUGAAGCUGCACUGAUGCUGCUCAAUGAGCUAGUUGCUGCGCACGAUGUCGGUCAGGUGCUGACUCGCGACCGCCUGUUCUGUCGCCUUACCUGCCGUGUCGAUCGUUUCCGACUGGGGUUGCAGGAGAGGGAUGAUCAAAGCCUCUGCAGCUUGCGCGCGGACAACCUACAGCUGUGCGUGGAGACACGCCCACGCGAAGAGGGCUUACAUUUCAGUGCUCGCCUCCACUCACUUCUGGUGAGAGAUGAGCGCUGCCGUAACGGUCACCAGCGUCCCUUCUUUCCCAUCGUUAUCUCGCCCCUCCUCCAUGCACCCUCAUCCUCCUCGUCGGACCUCUUCCGACUGGACUACACCUCAACGCAGCUGGCCGAUGAGGCGUCAUUACCGCCUACCAGUCUAAACAUUCGAACGGAUCCUCUGCGUGUGGUUUGCCAACCCGAGCUCUUCAAUCGCGUUGUGCGCUUCAUCGCCUAUGCGUUCAACAAAUCGUUAAGCCAGACACCAGAUGACUCUAGCGCCUACGACACAAUCAAGUUACAUACAAAAGCUAAUCUUCGUGCCGUACUGCGCAAUGCCGAGACGGCGGACGAGGGCUCAGCAUCAGCGACGUCUACGUCUUCCACUGCUGCUGCAACUCCAUUACAAACUUCGUUAGCAUCACCGUCAUCGGCACCAUCGAUUCUGCGACUGCACUUAGACAUUGCGGCGCCGCGGAUCCUUUUCCCCGGGCGCCUCUGGCCAUGUUCGACAGAGGCUGAGGCGGAGGUGGAGGGCAACGUGCCAUGCCCUCCGGCAAGCCUCCUUGGCGUGAUUUGUGACCUUGGACGCUUCCGACUCUCCAAUUGGGAACCGUCGGCCGCUGCUGCCGAUGAUUACGAGAACACCAAAGAGGCACAAACUCCUGGCAGGCAAAAGGAAGAAGAGACUAGUGAACCACAGAAAAAAGCAGAUUACGAUGAGGAUGACGAAAGCGAUGGGGAUGAAGAAGCGGAUAUAUUUGCAACACCCUGUGGCACACCCGUUCAAUCCGAUUCUGAGACACCACCAUUACCAAGUGCAAAGCGCUUCGCUUCUGCCCGGCAACGCUCCUUGCGGAGGCGUCCACGACAGAGUCGCAGACUUUAUGUGACCUACCUCUUGGAGUUGGACGAGUUUCGUAUUCUGGCGGGGCGUUUGGACGAGCUGCAGGUAUCUGGGCUGUGGCCUGACCUUCUUCCUAAGUGUUCCAUUUCAACCACUGUGGACGGUCGUCCUAUCACCCAGGUAGCCUCCCAAGUCCACCUUGUGGACCGCUUCAGUCUGGCUAUUUGGAUCACCCGGCGUGUAGUACCAAUGGCGCGGCUCCGCUCCUCUUCCAACUCCACUAUCACUGCUUCUCUUCCUCCACCCCCGCCCACUAUUCCUGCCGACCUGCCUGGGCUUCUGGUAUGCCUGGAGCAGCGACACUGUGUUCUUCGCCUCUCUGAUGCUCGUGUUACCGCGCUCCGCCUAUGCCUCACUGCUGUAGCUUCGGCAGCAACGGAGCAAAUAGAGGAGGCGACAGAGGGUUACCCACCACCGCUAUCAGCGCCAGUGCCACAAAGUUCAGAGAUUCGGCGAUCGAAACGCUCCAAACAACAGUUCCAAACGUCCCUCAUGAUGCCCGCAGCAUCAGCGCUACGACGAACGAUUGUGGUCACUUUCAGCAUGCACGAACUCAUCCUCCAACUUGACGCGCGGGGUCGUCCACUGGCGGAGUGUCGGUUGGCCUCCACCACAGCUCGAUUUAGUAGAUCAACUGACCCAGUACACUCCACGACCACAUAUGAAAUCUGCUUGCAAGUGCACAGCCUCACCGUCGCUGAUGCUCUUUGCGGUCUGGGAGGAGACUUUGACCUAUUGGCGGCGUCACAUCGUGAUGUCCGGUUAGACACGCUUUCGGGUAGUCUAAACGUCAGCAGCGGUGCCGAUGGUAGUUACGCUAAGCGUCGUUCUCGACAGCAACUGAUACGCGGUAGCGGUAGCAAUUUCGUUGUGACACGGCCCUUCUUCGAUCCUAUUGGUGAUGGUGGUGAAGACUCCUCUACGGCGUUAAUUCGGGUGAAGUACUUCCAGUCUUCAACAGGAAGGAAAACUUCUCGUCUUUUUGAUGUCAAAUUUCGACAUUUGGAUCUUUUGGGAAACUUGGACAUCCUCGUGGAGUUAAUCGCAUUCGUGCGCUGUGUUGUACCGGAGUCUGAGUCCAGAAAUAAACCACACAACUCCGACUUAUCCACUGCCCCCAUGAUCUCUACGGCUGCUGUAGGUGUCGAAAACGACGGUAGUGAUGGUGAUCCCAACCCAAAUGACAGCAUAGAAAUGUCGAUAAGCGUGGAGCGACUCAGUCUCGUGUUGAUUCGUGUGAAGGCGGCACCUGAGGCGAAGGAUACGACAGAAGGCAGUGGCGUGGUGGCGGAGGAGGAAGAGAAGUACUCAUUUUCUCCUCCAGCAGCCACUGCAGAACGUCUCGCCACCAUCACUCUCCUUGGUGCGCAUUUUCGAUCUCAAGACAACCACAAUAACUUGCGUGUGAGCCUGGCCGGUCUGCAGGUGUUGGAUCUGAUGGAGGCGGAGUCGAGCUCUAUGGCACCGAACAGAGUACAGCAUCGUCAUAUCUUCGCCGCGGGUCGCUGCCUUGAUCCCGAGUUGCCCGAUGCUGUGCUCGCUUGGUCCGCUGCAAAGUCCGUCUUUACUCUUACUGCGCGCUGUCAUAGCGGCUCUGGAUACCACAUCAUGGCAUGUCCCAACGCAAUGUCACUAAUAGAGCUCUUGCGUUUUUCUCGAAAACGGAAUAGCGGAUGGCAGUUGGAGGUCUCCAGUCCCGUGUACAUACACAAACCACGCGCUCUGCAUGAGAUCUCCUCUUGGUUUUCCCGUCUUUAUCACCGCAACACGGAGGUGGGUGUCCUGGCACUCCGACUGGCCAAGUCAGCAGUCAACUCCGCUGUCGCUGCUGCUACUGCACCCCCGCAGCAGCCAGCGCCAUUAUCUUCUCCGUCUUCUUCAAGUCUCGCCUCCCUGCAUGCCAUCUUCGAGCAACCAGUCAUCGUGCUUCCCGCCGGUCCCGUCUCUCCUCAAGUCCUCAUCGCGCGUCUGGGUCGCUUGACGCUGUACGAUGGUGGCGAUAGCUCCAUUCCGUUGCGCUUCGUGCAACUCAGCGUGGCUCAGGCGUCUCUCUCCGCCCUCGAUGUUUCUGACGAGCGUGGAGUGCCAAAAGUGCGGGACACCUCUGAGGCGGUGCAAGCGAUGCUUGUGCUCGCUCACUACCUCGGCCUUGUCACCUCACCUAUGGAACAGUGUGUGCUGGAGGACAUAUCCGCCGACAUAAUUGUAAAGCGGCAGAUUCUUUCUAGGCCACGAGGCGAAACGGAGUCGAGUGCAAUAAAUUGGCCAGACGAUUUCAAUCCCAUGGAGACGAACUUCCCUUUUGAUGAAGAUGAAGAGUUAGGAGCGUCAGAGGAGGCUUCGGGGAAAUCAGAAUUGUGGAUCACGAUAUCAGCGUGCCUCACACAACCCCUCCAUGUGCGACUUUCAAAGAACGUCUACCAUCAACUUCUACAGACUGUGGAAAACCUUACCAAUUUUGGAGGGACGGUUGAUGGGGAAGAUGAUAGUGAGAAUAGUGCAGCAUCCUCACGAAAGUCCAGCAUGGAUCUGAUUAACACUGGGAAGAUCAAUUCACAAGUUGCGGUAGAAGAGGCGGCUUCAACGGUGAUGGUGCCGGGUCUAGCGAUGAGAUUCCAUAUGCCUCGAUUGAUGGUGGAGACCUUCAUGGAGAUGAGCGGUGAGGCGCAUCCCGUGGGACUGACCCGACUGAGCCUUUGCGAGUUUUUUGUCGCUGCUUCACGAAUCCCUUCCGCGUCCAAUGGGAACGCUGCCAGCGGACUAACGCACAUCGAAGCUACGCUGGCUUCGCUGUUGUUAGAAAACCUUCUUCCGGGCUACAGCGAGGAGAAUCGCUACCUUCUUUAUUCUCACCUUCCUUCACAAUCACAACCGUCAUCACCGCCAUGGCCUCGCGAUCGCCGUCAACGUCCACUGGCCUCCUCCUGUCCGAGUCUCAUUGAGAGCUCUUCCUGGCCUCCCUUCACUUAUGCCGUCACUCUUGCCUUCUCAAAAAGUCUUCAGAGACCCGCCCCUUCAUCCCGUUUCAGUUUCUGUGACAGUGAGAAAGAGGAGGAGAGAACGGGGGUGAAAGUGAUGCCGGGCGACAAAUGCAGGACUGGACAGCUUCAACAGCUAGCUGGAGAAAAAGCGCAUGAGGGAGAGGGUGAUCAGUUUGUUCGAAUUCGUGCCCUUCUGGUGGAUCGGAGCUCCCCUCUUUUCACUACAAAGUACCGAUCAACACGUGGAUUCGUGGACUUGGCCUUCUCAUCCCUCACCUGCUACUUUAGUCUCCACCCUUGGGUGCUGCUGUUGGAUUUCCUCGGUUUGGGCUCACCUCUCACUGCUUGUGACGAGUUUGACGCUCCGAUAAUAUCCGCCACCCCUUCCUCCUCUUCCAUUGCUGCACCGGCUGGCCGCCACAUGACGGAAUGCUCAGACCACGUUGUUUUAAUUUCAGUAUCCACAGUAGACAGUGACUUCCAACUGGUUAAAGAUACAGAACCGUCGCCAUCGGAACUGGAAGCGUUAACGGUAAUAACUUUGAGUGUCUCAACCUUCACCCUUCUCCUCGACACUGUCCCGAAGGGCUCCCGCCCAGUGUUGCCCCUUCUGCGCGCCUCUGCUAGCCGCCUCCAUCUCCGCCUCACUAACCAUAGUCGGCACAUUGAUGCCGGUGGCGAUUGGUUGCACCUUGCCGGCCGUCUUGCCUCUGCCUCAGUCCACGAUCUCACACCGAUGGGGCGCCAACUCUACCCUCAGCGCUUCCUAGCUGGUGGUGGCGGUGAUGGUUGUGGUGACUACCUCGUUUUCGCGCUCACAAAGUACCAAUUGCCCGAUCCCGAGGUGACACGUCGUACUGAAGAUGGAAGACUGGAGUUGAAGCUGGGCCCGGCCUACUAUGUGCAUACACAAGCCUUUCUAUCCACCACGAUUGAUGCACUGGACAGCUUUUUACAGUACCAGGAUCUCAUGAAUAGGGUCAGAGCGUCGUCAGAGGGGUAUAAGGUUCGCCAAGGUGCACCCAUCUCAAUGCGUCUUCGGCUGGAUGUGAAGGCAGAGGCACCGAUUCUCGUGGUACCCGUCUCUGCUGCCAGUGAGAGUGUCCUGGUUUGCAAUUUGGGCACUCUCACUGCUGCCAACGACUUCUGCUGGCAUACCGAUGUUGUCAAGCGUGAAGGUGGUGGUGAUCCUUCACAUGAGGCGCUGAGGGAUAGUAUACUCCAGCAGCACCAGCAACAGGCAUGCAAACACUGCUCCAGUAACCUCUGGUGGUGCGAUGAUCUCGUCGAAGCCGGUUCGAAGGAUGUAAUGACCCAGGGCUUCUAUCCAACCUCAGCCAUUGCUAAGGGUAAUAAUUGUUCGUCUCUGUCGAUAUCUCCUGUCUGGCCGCUUAACCUCGUGUCGCCUUUCCUUUCAGACAUGUCUCAUCCCAGCGCUGCAGAUAGUGCCAACACACCAUGUCUGUUGGAUCGCAUUCAAUUGAAUCUCGACCAAAUUGAGGUGUAUAUAGGCAAACGACACGAUAUCAAAGGUGCUGCCAGCGUGGAAUGCUCGCGUGUUCUGCACUUCAACGACUUCUGUAUUCUGCCUGAGGCUGCGGCACUGACGCAGCUCUUCGGACUCAGCAUAGUGGUGGAACGUAAUUUGUGCGGAGGACGCGGACAGCACGCGGUUCCCGAUUGGCGCCUCUCCGCGCGCCUCCGCCCCACCUCACCCCUGCACGUCGGCCUCCACGACUACACCCUCCUGCGAGGCAUCCUUGCACACAACAUUGCUGCUCCACCUCCUGCAGCUGCUGUGGCAGCCGCUACUUCUGUCUUGGUUACAUCUAAGUGGGGUACUUCAGCUACCACUGCAAAUGAGAACCGAGAGCCUGUGUACACCCAGCGACCGUAUAGAGCGCUGGCCUUCACCUUUGACCUCGAGGACGUUUCCAUCUACCUGUCUGUACCUCCGGACUGGCCCUCUCAGCGUCAUCUGAAAGCCAUCUCGGACGCUUCCUUCUGUCGUCUCGAUUUGACGCGCUCUCGUCUCGCCUAUGAUAGCUUCUCCUGCGGUGGACACGUUGUCGACCUUGCUUGCACCGCCGUCACCUUCACUGACACGCGUUUUGAAAAUUGCGCAGAGCCGCAAAAUCUCUUUCCGGCCAUUCUCUCCGCCCUUGCAAAACCGCAACAGCAUCACCACGACGACAAAACCGUCACCUCACCUCAAUUUCGCGUAACUCAAGUGGUCACCCCUGUGGGGGGCGGCGUUGGAAACAUCACCUCUGCAACCACCUCCAGCAUCAUGACCUUUAACCUACGCUCCAUGCGUCUCAUUCUUGCACUGGACUGGCUCGUGGAUCUGCAUCGCUUCCUCACCACCCCACCCAUGCUACCCUCCUCUUUAUCCUCUGCCUCAACAUCCCCGCCCCCAACCGAUGCCCUCCUCCGUGGUGGUGGUGCACAAACGGAUGAAGAGCAUAAUAACCAUCUACGGAGUCCGCUAACCGUCGAAACGAAUCAGGGCCAAGAGCAACAGCAACAAGCGGUACCACAAGGCACCUCAGACCUUUGCGUCUUCGCUGAUCAGACGGAAUUCGUCAUUAUGGAGAAUCCAGCCGAACUAGACACCAACACUGUCGUUCUCAGUGGCGCAAUGUGCUUUCUGUUGCGUUCGGGUGGUGCACUGAGCCAAGCACUGAUGCAUCUCUGUCUUCAUAGCGUUGGUCUCUACACAUUCAACGGUCGCACAGAUGACUCCCGUGCCGUCAUUAUCGAGCCCACAGACCUUACGGCGGCUCUCACACCUCCUACCAUUCAAAACGACCAUAAUCGCCAAUCUCCGUCACCACUGUGUGCUGGGCUUCAGGAUCUCCUGGCUCCACGCGCCGAUCUCGAAGUGAGAACGUCAACUCUGCGUACCCAUUUCUCCUACACCGAUGGCUUGCUCUUCUUGGCUCUACUGGAUUCGUUCAGAGAACAGACCACCUAUGCUUUUGGCUCUCCCACCACAACCACAGAUUCUACCUUUGCACCUCCCUCUACCGCCAGUAAUACCUCCUUUGGUGAGGUUGAAUUCUUUACUCUUGUUAGCGACCAUUCAAUCGCUAAGCUCGUUGAGAUGGGUUUCUCGACAAGAAAGGCAGCGCAGGCUCUGCGCGCCACCGGUGGACGUCUAGACAAAGCAAUUUUUGUUCUCGUUGCCCCUCAGCCACCUAAUGCCCUCACCGAGCCGCCCCAGUCGUGCGUAGUCCUUUGGCUACGCAGCUUUAUCGAUCAUUUGACACCUUAUGCCUCCAACAUUAAUUUCCACUCACACUUCUCGUUGUGCCUUAUCGACGAUUGUAUGGAUGCGGACGUUCCGCUGGCGGAAGUUACUAUCACAGACAUUUCAUUAAAUUGGAACCUCACCGGUUGGGCUGUGGGCCGAGCGAUGGGUCAGCUGGCAGUGAAGUACUAUAACCGUGAUCUUUCUGCACUCGAACCUGCCAUUGAGCCGUUCCGAUGCAUUUGCCAUUGGCGUCUUUGUGAUGGUGGCUUGCCAAAAGGGGACCGUGCUAUCAUCGAAGUGCAUUCUCCGGAUACGAUAAAUGUCAAUCUUACGGUGGCUCUGGUGCGUCUUAUCCAACUGGUGAUACAGAAGACGCGGUCGACGCGGCUAGAUCGACAACUGCGCUCUCGCCAACGUCGCCCACGUGCGCCCUUUGUGCCCUUUUGUCUUGCCAAUCAGACUGGAGAGGCACUACGCUUCAAGAAGGCCACUGCCUCCUCAUGCUAUGGUACUGACGACGAGGGGGGCGAGUGGACUCUGGUGGAGGUUGGCGCUUGUGUGGAGUUGCCUUUCCAGUCCGCCCUUGCGGCCACGGGUCGCGGCCAGGGUCAGGUUCAAGGCUCCGGUCGAGUUGCUCAUCGUCAUCUGACUACGACACCACGACUAUUCCUCCAGGUAGAAGGCUGGACACCCGCCUAUCCGGUAGCACUGGAUCGGCUUGGUGUCUUCUGGAGAACCAUCCGCUUGCAGCAGAAGCAGAACCAUAAACUCUCGCCAGUGACUCGUCUGGUGAUUGAGAUAGUGCGCCGCGGUUCUGCACAGAAUCUCGUAAUUGUACGUUCCGGUCUAACUCUCACUAAUCGGCUUUCACCCCAUCUUGCGCUCGAAGUUGGCCUCGCCCAUACCCAUUCCCUUCCGUCAUCCCCCGCCACUGCCUCCGCUGUUGAAGAACCUGGCACAACGGCAGUGGUAGUGCGGAGCGGAGUCCGCCUGGCUUUCGGUGAAACGCGCGCCCUCCCCCUCAGUCUGGCUGCGCGUAGCAACAGAGACGGCGGUGAAAGGCUUUGUUUCCGACCUGUCCUCGUUACAAACGGAGGCGCCGAUGACACCUCUCAUUCCGGCAUGCUUUUUGAUUGGUCGCAGCAACUUUGCCUUCGACACUUCGACCAACUUGGAACUGCGGAAGUCGAGAUGAGAUUUCCUUCCUCAUUACAGGAAGUGAUGGACUGGAGGCGGCUCACUAAUCCUGGUGAUUUUGAUGAGUGCGUAAUGGUGUGUCGCCGGCUUAAAUCAGGCAGCGAAAUUGGUCUCUACUCAGCAACCGUAGCUUCACCUAAACACUCCACAGUGGGUUCCGCUCAGAAGCAGCUGCCGUGGCUUUUUUGUGUUGCUGCUGUGCGUGACUCCUUCCCACCUGAUCCUCUCUUUCGUGAAGUGUCUCUCGUUCUACCCGGCCAUCAUCUGACCGUGGGACCGGCUCUUCGUAUCGUUAAUCUCUUACCGUGUGACCUGACCUACUUCAUCGAUGGUACACCUAUUAGUGCUCGCCUUCCUGCCAACAAGGCUGCCUCGGUAUUCGAGGUCAGCUGUACUGAUGCGCUCCGGUUCGGUGUGCAUUUGGAGAACUUCCAGCGCUGCAAACCCAUCCGCAUUCCUCCUGCAACUUUUUCUGACACUGUCCUGAUCAACCUCUUUGAUCAAUUUGGAAGGCUGCUUCAAAUAAAGGCGGAGGUGUAUACUCGAGCUCUCGGCGCGCGACACGUAACUCUCUCCGCAGUAUGUUGGCUUAUCAAUCACUCGGGUCUGCCGCUGGUCUUCGCCGCACAAGCACCCUCUUCCCUGGCCUCUUUUCCAGAGUGGCAGACUCUUGGAUCACCGGAACAUCGGUCGCUGGCUGCAGGACAGUCAGAGGAACAGGAAGUAGCACGUCUCGCCUCGCCUCUUCUUUUUUCUCCAGCUACUACCGCUGCCGUCUCUGGUAACUCCACCGGAGUCGGUGCCGCGGGUGGUGGUGGCGGAGGUAGGGUCGAUGAAAGUGGUAGUGGUCGAUCGCACGUUUCGUGGAGUCUGCAAGUGCGUCUUGGUGCUUUCUACAAACCCACAGAGGGUAAAGACGAGGACGAUGGGCCCUGGCUGCCGCGAUGGAGCGCGCCGGUGGCACUGAACAAGACCGGAGAUGCACUGAUGCUGCGCUUGAAAUCAGUGGGGAUGGAAUCUCGCCCCGACCUGCUCUAUAGUGUCGGUGUGGAGGUUCGAAAGGGUGUGGGUCUCCAUGACACAACAACUAUUGUCACCUUUGUGCCCCGGUUCAUGAUCAGCAAUCAAACCAAUUUUCAGCUGCAAUUUGCUCAGCGAUUCUGUCUGGACUCCACGACGCAUAAACCCAUGAACAUCCAUCCACAAUGCAGAUUACCUUUCCACUGGCCUCGGCAAGAUCUGGAUCAGCUCCUGUGCUUCCGCGCUCUCAUCCGUGGCGAGACUUGUCUGUCCAAUCGACAGACUGACGCCGCCCUCAUUGCUACCCACUGGUCUGGCGGGGUGCAGAUUGAUAAGCCUCGGUCCUACCACCUUAUGCUGCGGAUGCCAACACGUCCUCAAACGGGGUCCUCGAUAUCGAUAUCGUCCCCAGAAGAGUCACUUUUCCUCCGCAUCGAUGUGGUGCUCCGCAGCGCUACCCUCUUUGUUAUCAUUAGCGACGCUACCCACCUGCCUCCACCCUACCGAAUCGAGAAUUGCAGUCCUGUCGCCCUUUACUACCAACAAUCCAUCGACAAUGGCGGGCUUGAGGCUCCACCGCCUGCGUCACCCACUUCCAUACGCAAUACCAACAGACGAUGGUUUGACAGCAUUCCCCUAAAUCGGCUUCCACCUCGAUCCAUGAUUAACUAUGCGCCAGAGGAACCCCUUCUUCCACCUCGUCUUUCUGUUGGAAUUCAUGGUGACUUGAACAAUUUUUACGAUCUCUCCAAGCUGGGGCCGGGCUCCCGUUUGGUCUACGACAAUUGCGUCUACAUCGGUAUCAGUGGUGUUGCCGGGGACGAUAGCCGAAGCCUCCCAGACUCUCAAAUUAGUCAAGAUUCGGGGAGCUAUUUUCCUGUCUUUGACGUGGUCACCGAGUCCGAGAAGGUACGACGCGUAGUGCUGCGCAAGAAACAACCCGGUGAGCGCUCCCAGCUCUGGUACCUCUCUAGUCAAGGGUUCCUAGUGCACGAGGGUUCCACAGCUCCGCAGGCUCCAAUACGUCGACCUGGACGUCUACUCUCCAAACGAAGCAGCUGGGUUCUAGAUGUAGAUACCUCGGAGAUGGCAUUGGAGAAGGCGAUAAUGCGGUGCCCGCUGGAUUCAGGCACACUUGAAAACUUUGAACUUGGUGUUCUGUGUUUGGCUCGUCUUACUUCUCGGCGUAAGAAUACUCAAACUUGGAGGUUUGACCGCGGAUUCCUGAUCAAUGCGGCGUCGUUUUGCGUCCAAGCGCGACGCAGCCACUGGAAGAUGGGUGUCACUUCUGACACCGUCUUUGUUGCCCGUCCACGAAUUCGUGGUAUCAGCAGCGGUGGAAGGGAAGGAGAUAGAGGCGAACAUCGGAGCCUUGUGAGUGAAAGCCUUGGAGCAGCGCGGAUCUUUCACACCUGGCUGCGACCUGGGUCUGGCUCCCUCCAUGUGGAAGUGCUCACAGACGGCCCAGUCCGAGUCAUGCGCAUCUCCGACCCACAGGAGCCUGAUCAAGUUUUUCCGGCCCUCUCCCUCUAUCACCAUGAUCAUUCAUUUAUCGCUCCCAGCCAUCUCCGCCUUCUUCUCGACCUACCCUCAGGUCUUGGUGUGUCAGUGAUCUCUGCACGAUGCGAAGAACUUUGCUACGCUAGUCUUCUGGGUCUACGUUUUGCUCUAGAUCGGUACUAUCCCGGUAGUGGAUCGAUUGAUGUAGGACGGGAGGUCACGGAAACCGAAGUUGCGGACGAUGACGAUACCGUAUUUGUAGACGUUCCCAACCAGUCUCGAAGUUGUGGUGGUAGUGAUGGAGAUGGGAUUGUGGACGGGCUUAUCGUACAAGGUCGUCCGGUGGAACAUCUCCGCCUCCAUUUGGGAAAGAUUCAGAUCGAUAACCAGAUUGCGGGAGCGUCUCUACCGGUUCUACUAUUCUGUGCAGCACCUGUUAAAACCCCCACUGCUGCCACCGCUUCAAAGACAAUGUCGAAAGGCGUGGUAGAAGGGCGAUUGCUUCGGCUCUCUGAGGGUGGUGAAGGGAUCCAUGGACGUGAGUUGGAACGUCUCUUCCAAACUGGGGGCGAGCCUGCGCGCACUGCGCCAAAGUCCGAUCGAGAGGCCAUCAAUUGGCCACACCUCAUCGUGCGAUCUCUGCGACUUCUUCACACCGGAUGGAAGGCAGAAAUCUUUGCGCUAAUGGAGGUACGACUGAACCGAAUGGUGAUGCAAGCGGAGGAGCUAUUGCUGUUGAAACUGAUUCAGUUUAGCCGUCACUUCAGAAGCCCCACACCUAUCGCAAUUAUGUCGACAGAAGAGGCGAAAUCGAUCGAUUUUCUCGAGCAAGCGGUCUUGGAGGCUGAGGGUAGCUACUCCAGACAAGUUUCACCUCCGAGCAUUUCGUCUGACGACUUCCUCUAUUUCGAUCAUCUGCGAGUCCUGUUCUCACCGAUUCGUGUAACUAUGCAGACGGCGGAGGGACGUCUGGGGCCCGAGUUUUACGACGUCCAUCGCCUUAUACCGAAGCUCAUGUCGUUUACUGAUGCAGACAUACGGUUGGGGGAGUUUGUACGUGAUCACUGCCUGGAGUCGAGUCGCUUUUUGAUGGAGCAGCUGUCUCAACACUUCGAGGUACGACUGCGGGCACAGGCCCUGCGCAUCUUCGGAUCAGCGGACGUUUUGGGCAACCCACUUGGCUUUAUGUCCGAUAUCUCCUCGGGCAUCUGCGAUCUCGCCGAUAUGGACUUUUCGGGCCUUGUGCGUAACGUCGCUCAUGGUGUCGGUGAUAGCACUGCCAAGGCAUGUCCCCUCCUUCAUCGCUAUCCGCUUGCCCACCCUCUUGUGGUAGGAAGUGUAUCCCAACUGGUGCACACCCUCUCCAUGGAUGAAAACCACCAACUCCGACGCCGUGAAAUCAUGGGAUCGCCACGACGAGGCCUAGGCUCUGGUACUCUCACUUCUUCCUCUUCUAUCUCCUCUGCUUACGCCGCUAGGUCGAGAGCUGCGGAGGCAGAGAUAGAGGAGCGCCUCGACGACUUCGAGAUCACCGCACUGUCCUCGGCCAAGAUGGCGGAUGGCGAUCGGGGCAGUGGUAGUCGUGACACUCUCUUCGACCAAACAGCACCAUUCCGUGCUGGACUGCGUGGUUUUGUGCACGGCGUAGUAGGCGGUGUCACCUCUAUGGUCACCCAGCCCAUCCAUGGUGCCUGUGAGGAGGAUGGUCUCAAGGGUUUUGUCUACGGUGUGGGUCGAGGUCUACUAGGCACUGUGACAAAGCCAGUCGGCGGAGUCCUUGAUCUUGUCUCAGGUGCGAUGACGUCGCUGCGUGAGGCUGCCCGUCCCUCCUCUAGCGGACGUCCGCGUCGUAUGCGUCCGCGGAGAGCACUUUCCAUGCCGCUGCGCGCUUACUCCCUUGGCGCAGCUGUGGGCCAGUUGCUGUUGCGACGUCUCAGUGUGCGCUCCUACAGCGCCGCCUACGAGCCCUCCGCUGUAGUUAUACUCUCGCUAGGUGACCUCAACGACUCUGAAGGUUGCUCAGUGAAUCGAUUGCUAAAGGCUUCAAGACAGCAAUGGGAAGAUGAGAGACCGGAGGUGGUGAUUUGUGUGCUGAAAUGUCAGUCGGCAGCGGUCAGCGUCAUUGUUACCGAUCGCGCUGUCUGGUGUGUCCGUAAUUUCACGCUCCAAGGUGUGAAACGAACCUCAGAGACAUUCUUCGGUAAUGAGGAUUGCGAUGCCACAAAUGUAAUGUUCGUCGUCCCUUACUUCUACCUCAAAAGCGUGCGUCUAUCUCAACGUGUACCCAGUAAGGAGAAGAAAGGUGGACCUCGGGGAUUUGUACCGUCAGGUGUCGCCGUGACAGCAGAGUCCUCCUACCUGGAGUUUCAGCUCGAACGGCGGCAACGCGAGUUGCGUUUCGAUCGCGUGGAGUGGGCGCAGGACGUGUUGGCGGAGGUAUCGGAGGCACAUUUUCGGUACGUGCAGGGCUUGAUGGAACUGCCUCGCGAUCGGCCAGUAGAUUUGGCGUUGCAUACACACCCUCUGGCCCUGCCUUUUGGACCGUCGCUCAUUGACGCAGCGCACCUUGCUCAAAUUGACGAAUGUGAAGAGUAUGAAGACGAAUAG